AGUCGCUCCAGCUACAGUGGAAGAGAAAUCACUGCCAGUCCUGUGCCAACACAUGGUGGGGCCACAAUCCACUCCCAGACUGCACUGUCAGCUCCUUGAAAAAAUAGAGGCAAACGCUCAUCCUACUUCCUCAUUCCUGGGUCAUGGUAUAAGCUUUGGAAUUGCAGCUAAGGUCUUUCGGUGCUUUUCCGGGACUUUGACUUUGGAGCUGUGUGUGUGGGAUCCAUACCCUGGCCUCGGAGCCAUUUUUUGGCCAGAGCGUUCUCCUCCCUCUUCUCUGCCUCUGGAGGAAAAGUCACCAGUUUCCCAAGGCCCUGGGAGGCAUGUUCAGGAAUGUGGCUGCCAUGUAUUUGCACCUGGCUGGGCUCUUCCAGAGAAAGAAGGCUGGAACUUCUCUCACUCGGUGCAUGCACCAGACUUUCGCCAUGGCCAAACGGCUCCAGGCUCGUCGGCUGGACGGGAUUGACCACAACCCAUGGGUGGAGUUUGGUAAAAUGGCCAGUGAGUAUGAUGUCGUGAACUUGGGCCAAGGCUUCCCCGACUUCCCACCCCCAGACUUCGCCAUUCAAGCCUUUCAGCUCGCCCUCAACAGUGACUUCAUGCUCAACCAGUACACCAAGGCAUUUGGUUACCCACCCCUGACAAAGAUCUUGGCAAGUUUCUUUGGGAAGCUCCUGGGACAGGAGAUAGACCCGCUCAAGAACGUGCUGGUGACUGUGGGUGCCUAUGGAGCCCUGUUCACAGCCUUCCAGGCCCUGGUGGACGAAGGAGAUGAGGUCAUCAUCGUGGAGCCCUUCUUUGACUGUUACGAACCCAUGACAUUGAUGGCAGGGGGUUGCCCUGUGUUUGUGACCUUGAAGCCGAGCCCUACCCAGGACGGGGAACUGGAUUCCGCCAGCAACUGGCAGCUGGACCCCACAGAGCUGGCCAGCAAGUUUACCUCUCGUACCAAAGCCCUAAUCCUCAACACACCCAACAACCCCGUGGGAAAGGUGUUCUCCAAGGCCGAGCUGGAGCUGGUGGCCAGCCUGUGCCAGCAGCAUGACGUGAUCUGCAUCAGUGAUGAGGUCUACCAGUGGCUGGUCUACGAUGGUCACCAGCACAUCAGUAUCGCCAGUCUCCCUGGCAUGUGGGAGCGCACCCUGACCAUUGGCAGCGCUGGUAAGAGCUUCAGCGCCACCGGCUGGAAGGUGGGCUGGGCCCUGGGCCCGGACAGUCUCAUGAAGCACCUGCGUACCGUCCACCAGAACACUAUCUAUCACUGUCCCACGCAGGGCCAGGCCGCCGUGGCCCAGAGCUUCCAGCAUGAGCAACUGCACUUUGGCCAACCCAGCAGCUACUUCGUGCAGCUGCCGCAAGCCGUGCAGCGCUACCGGGACCACAUGAUUCGCAGUCUGCAGUCUGUGGGCCUGAGGCCCGUGGUCCCCCAGGGCAGCUACUUCCUCAUCGCAGACAUCUCAGACUUCAAGACCCAGAUGCCAGACUUGCCAGGCGAUGCAGAUGAGCCCUACGACAGACGCUUCGUCAAGUGGAUGAUCAGGAACAAGGGCUUGGCGGCCAUCCCGGUCUCCGUGUUCUAUAGCACCCCGCAUCGGAAGCAAUUUGACCACUACGUCCGCUUCUGUUUUGUGAAGGACGAGUCCACGCUCCAGGCCAUGGACGAGAAGCUGCAGAAGUGGAAGGAUGAGCUCAGGCCCUGACGCGGCCCCGCCUGGCUCCCGCUUGCUCUGUGCCUGCGCAUCAGCCCCUCCCAGGCUGCGCGCAGAUAGAGCUUGGGGCUGCCUACUCUGCGACACAGGAUGUCCCCAGGGAAGAGCCCUCCUUCUUGGUCUUGGUGGGUUCUGGAGCGCUUCCCACAGGACCUGUAUGGGAAGGUGGAACUGACCCGGGCCUCUCCCUGCUCCUCCCUAGAUCCGGUCACAGAGUCUUGGGUCUCCUCGUGUGGGACUCAAGGGAACAGAGUCCAGCAGUGUCCUGGCCUUGAGUCCCAGCCCUGCUCUGGCCCCAGCCCAGGCUCCGGCACCCCUUCCUUUCCUUAUCUGCUUAGGUAACCUCGGGAAGUGGCCUUUAGGCUCGAGUUCUCAAGCGAGUAUUUUUCAUCCAUAAUAAAGUUAUAAGUUAUUUACACUCUUA